AUAGCACUCUGGCAGAUAACAAAGAGAUAGCUAUAUGGUUAAUCCAAAAUACGUAACGAACAAAGCAUGUUCUAACAGGCGCUUUGUCCAAUAUCCUUUCCUAAUCAAGCUAUAGCUCAUCCAACAACUGAUCAAAGCAAUAUAAUCCUGCUUAGGGCCUCAAUGAGCCACCCCGAGUACUUAAGUCCCAAAUGUAAUCUUAGAUCGAGCAUGCAGUCAUUGUAAAAGACAGACACAUUGCGACACAGCGAAAGCAUCGCCAUAAUUACCAUGACCGAUUCAAAUCCCACCACCACUGAACCCUUGACCACUCCGCCCAAAAAUCCAUACCCUCCCCAGGCCAAAAAGACACAGAAACGGAGUCGAAGCGACACCGAGACUUCCCCUUCCAGAAAACGCCCCAACUCUAAAGACCGGCCUGCGCCUGGCCCUAAAAUACGUCCUGAAACACACACUCCGCACCCUAAACUCAACCUCGAAGAAUAUAGACAGCGGAGAGAUGAAAUCCUGAGUGCCAUUAUCUUCGAUCUGAAUCAUGUGGCAGCGACUCGAAAAGCCUGCAGCGAGGGGAACCCAGACAAGAUCACCACCUUGUCCUAUCACUCGCAGAAAUUCUACGCAGCCAUGGUCGUAGAUAAAGCUGCUGGUCGUAUCUCGGGCCGGAAGGAUAAGCAUAGCUCGUUGGAAAGAGAGCGAGAAGCGGACCGCCUGGCAAAGUUCACCAAGAAACUCGGCUGGAGAAUGCUUGCGAUCUGUGCAUAUGCGGAAUCUUUUCGAAGGUCUUGUCGAGAAGAGAAAGAUUACUUACUGUGGAAGUGCGUCUACACGAAGAUUCAGGAGUUCGCAUACAAUAUUGAGCUCCAGGCUUGUCUGCGCGCUUUGGAUUGGCGCGAACUGUUGCUUCCAUACUGGGAGGAGGGCCCUAUGCUCGGACUCAGAGCGAGACAUCUGGGGAGUAGGGAAGAGCUCGCCGAACUCGCAAAGAUCCGUCCACAUGAUAUCGUCAUAGAUCCUAUGCAAAGGACAAUUCGGAAACCGAAAUACGAAAAUCGUUCCCAGAAAGAUAUUGAUGCCAGUACCUUUGACCCCAGGGACUGGCCCGCAGGACAGAAAAAAGAUCCGACAUUGCGAGAGCACGAUGCCCAGACCAUUUGGUAUGGCUCAUGCGAUUUCUGUCAUUCCCCAAGAAAAUGUAGCUGCCGGCUGAAGAGGAGUCCCUCAGACUAUGUCCAACUGGUGGAAACCGAUACAAAAGGUGUCGGGGUGCGCGCGCUUGCGAAUUUCAAGAAAGGGGAUAUUCUGGGCGAAUUUAUGGGGAAAAUCAUGCCCACUUCUUAUCAGAAAGACAACGUCUAUGCGCUUGAAGUUCAGCCCAAGACUAGGCAUAGAAGAGAUGGAUCGAUUGCUUUGAUUUCUCCCAAGGAAUAUGGUAACUGGACUCGGUAUAUCAAUCAUUCGUGUAACGCCUCCACGGUAUUUGAUGCGAGGACGGUUGGAGACCGAGUGAUCAUGACGGUCGAGGCCAGGAGGGACAUUGCUAUCUUUGAGGAGAUCACGGUUGACUAUGGGAAAGGAUAUUGGACAGGGCGGACGUGUACAUGUGGAGAGAAGAAUUGUUAUGAGAAGGAGAAGGACCGGACAAAGGAAGAACAAAAGGAAGAGAAUGGGGGAGAGGAGGAGGAGAUACUGUAUAAAGACGAGGAAGAAGAGGGAAUUGAGGACGAAGAGGAGGGCGAAGACGAAGAAGAAGAGGAGGAGGAGGAGGAGGAAGAAGAAGAGGAAGAGGACGAGGAGGACGAGGAGGAAGAUAAGGAAGAAGAAGUGGAAGUGAAGAAGGGAGAAAAAAUCCCGGGUAAAAGAAGAUUUCAAUGAUGAUAGAAACAGUGAUGAUCUUAAGAAUAUUAUCUCGGUUAUCCUCGGCCCCCUCCAGUCGGCUUCAAUGCCAACCCUAAGCCAGUAUCCGCUGCUUCGUGAUCGGAAAAAGACUUCCAGUCAGCCCCCAGCGACAGCAUUUGCCUCCG